UGGGUCUGUGUGUGUGUGGCUUGGGUGAGCGACUCUUGGCUUCGGUGGUGGCGUCUUGGUGGCGGUGGGGUGCUGGGACUCAUCGGAGCGGGUGGGGUGUUGCGUCCCUGCUCCCGGAGGCUUUUGGUCCCGUGGGGACGUGGGAGACGUCUCGGUUGUGUCUCGAGUGUGCAGCUCCCGAGCCCCUGCGGGGCACUACUGUCGUGUCCUGGGCUGCGCGGUUGUGCAGCUCCCGUGCCCCGGUUGCGCAUGGCUCUGCUGCUGGCUCUGUGGGCUGAGCGUGUGGCUGCCGUGUCCCGGCAGUGUGUGGCUUUGCUGCUGGUUCUUGGGGUGCGCGAACGCUGUGCUAUGGGACUGAGCGUGUAGCCGGUGUGUCCGGGUUGUACGCGGCUCCGUUGCCGUGUUUAGGGGCGGUGAGGAGCUGUGCUGCCCGGCCCGGGGCGGAGGUCCGGCCCCGGUGCCCCGGGGCGUUGUACGCGGCUCCGCUGCAGGGGCCGGGCGGCGGCUCCCGUCCGGCGGCAUGGAGCACCUCGGGGCUCACCACCUGCACCAAGGCCAAGCCGAGCCCAUCAGCUUCGGCAUCGACCAGAUCCUCAACACGUCGGAGCCGGGCAGCUGCAUGGUAUCGCACCCGCGGCUGCAGGACUCGGCGGACUACGGGUUGGGCUGCAUCGUGGGCAGCGCCUACAACACGGUCACGGGUGGCUACGGGGCGAGCGGCGGUGCGGCCGGCGCCUACACCGGUACCUCCUGCAGCAUGGGCGGCCUGCCCGGCUCCUACAACGUGAACAUGGCGGUGAGCAUGAACAGCAACACCUUGAGCUCAGCCGGGGGGGUGAUCCGCGUCCCGGCCCAUCGCCCUGUGGCCAGCGGCGUGCACCAGCCCCUCUCCGCCGCUGUACCGGCGGUGAACGGCAUGAACAGUAUCACGGGGCUCACCUUCCCUUGGAUGGAGAGCAACAGGCGGUACACAAAAGACAGAUUCACAGUGGCCCUCUCACCCUUCACUGUAACACGCCGUAUAGGUCACCCCUACCAGAACCGCACGCCCCCCAAGAAGAAGAAGCCGCGCACCUCCUUCACCCGCCUGCAGAUCUGCGAGCUGGAAAAGCGUUUCCACCGGCAGAAGUACCUGGCCUCGGCUGAACGCGCUGCCCUGGCCAAGGCCCUUAAGAUGACUGAUGCCCAGGUGAAGACCUGGUUCCAGAACCGACGCACCAAGUGGAGGAGGCAGACAGCAGAGGAGCGGGAGGCUGAGCGGCAGCAAGCGAACCGUAUCCUCAUGCAGCUGCAGCAGGAGGCCUUCCAAAAAACCAUCAACCAGCCCAUCCAAGCCGACCCCAUCUGUGUCCACAAUUCCUCUCUCUUUGCUCUCCAGAACCUCCAGCCUUGGUCUGAUGACUCCACCAAGAUCACCAGUGUCACCACUGUCGCUUCUGCUUGCGAGUAAGGCUAGCACCUGCUGGUGGCAUGUGCACCUUCUGUUCGUGGGGUUGUCCCUGGGGGGACAAGCGGCAUCACUGGUGGGACACUUGGCAUACCUGUUUCUCCCUGGGGAAGGCUGUCACCCCGCAGUCAUCUAGCCUCGUGUGCAUCCCAUGUGUCCAGCUGGGGAAAGCCUCCACAAGGACCGAAAGGAAGGGAAAACACCCCGAAAACUCUCCUUGCCUGUGGGGUUGCUGGAGCAGCAGUGGUGUCUCGCCUCCUCCCAACCCUUUUGUUCUCUUGAAAGUCUCCAGUGCCGACCGUGAACUUGCUGACUGCUGCCAGACAAAAAAACCAGCUCUGACACAUGGCUGCCGGCGUUCACCCAGCUGGG